UAACAUUAUGUUUUUUGCAAUAGAUGCCGUCUGCCGUCUUGUAAAUUUUGAUUUGCUUCCCGCCGGCUCUUGACGGUUUGCAUUUGGCACGUGCAGUUUUCUUUAUAUUUUCGUAAAAUACAACUUCGCACAUAAAACAAAGUUCAACACUGAUGCUGGCAGUUGGGAUUUACUAUUUCAAUUGUUAGCAGUGUACAAUGUCGCCUUCCCCGAUCCGCUGUCGCGGGCCGUGGAAGAUACACAAGCGUUCCUCGGAGCCGGACAGGUGGUUGGAUGAGAUGGGAUUUUUCCGUAAACAUACAGCUAGGGACUCUAGCUGCCUAUUCCGGGCGGUCUCUGAGAACAUUUAUAACACCCAGCGAUACUUUCAUAAAGUCCGGCUGGAUUGCGUUCAGUUCAUGGCUUCCAAACGGCAUCUCUUCGAAGGGUCAUUGACUUGUCCGUUUGAAAAUUAUCUCAAAGAGAUGUCAAACCCAUCAGAGUGGGGCGGCUUAAUUGAAAUAUCGGCCAUGAGCCAUCUCUAUAGACGUGACUUUGUAAUAUUUGAAGCUAACAAGGGCCCUCAGACAAAGAUAUGCAAUGGUUAUGGAGACCCCAUAUACUUGUUUUACUCACCCGACACUAAACAUUUUGAUGUGGUCUACACAAAAGAUUUCAUAAACACCUCAUCCUACUGCCAGUCUCUAGUAUACGAAAUACUGUACGACGGUGUCUAUCAGCUAAAAGACUUAUCUUACGCCGUCGACAAAAUGCUCCACGACAAAGUACCCUCGAACCAUAUCGAAUACUUUAUGUCCGAGAACGUAGAACGUCGCAAAAAGCAGAAAGAAAGAGCUAAAAUAUUCAUAGAAGCUGCUGACGAUGAUAAGGACAGGAGCAGCAACGCGUUAGCGCUCAAAUGUAAGCACCACACUGAAGAUCUAGAAAGGGCUAGCCUGUUGAAGGAGUCUCUGAGCAUCUUCGUGUUCAACCGCAGCCUGAUACAGCUCGAGAACGUAUGCAUGAAUUGCUUGAACGUAAACAGCGCGAAAGACUUGCUUGAUAAUGGAAUCACUCCGUUUCCAUAUAAAGUGGCAAAAGCCUUAGACCCUGAUAUCUACAGGAACAUAGAGUUUGACGUGUGGAGCGAGCUCAGACGAGAAAUGCGUUAUGGCGCGAGAUAUUCCGAUGGAACGACCCUCCAAGUGGGCGUCAAAUGUUUGUGCAAACUGCAGCCGGAGCAGACUGUUCCGUAUCACUGCCAUAUCCAAGAAAUGCGACCUGACGGCGGUCCCUGCCUCGUGUUCAUAGAGGAGCUCGGCGAGAAGCGAGUUGUCAAUUUCGAACAGCUGGAGCCGCUUCCUCUCGAGGAAAUAAGACCGUGGGCCCCUCCGUACAGAUACUCGCGAGCUCAUUCUCAGUUCCUUACUCUGAGCCAAAUGUUACAGCAAAUAGGCAACAUCACUCUGAAACAAGGUCUGAGCAAGGCCCGGAACAAGUCCAAGGUGGCCCCGGACGACAAGGCUCCCGAGAAAGUGAGCAAGCCGAGCAAAGUGUCGUGGAACGAGGAGACAGGGCUAGCUUUCCAAAACAACGUCGACUUUACAUACCAGCACCUGGACUUCCUUAACUUUGAGCCGAUGCCUGUUGAAGUUGAAGCUCUCCCCCUAAUGGUGGACUGCCGGCCGGGCGCGGGAGCUCCGCCCCUAGAACUCUCACAUCCUCAACCAAAUGGCGGCGCGCCAAAUGAGAAUCAUCAUAACCAGGCGGGAGGUAGCGGGGACAUGGUGGCGCAUGGGAUCGCAUCCCCGGCGUCAGUGCGGUCCUCCACACCGGCCUCCACAAACACGCUGACCACCUAUACCAACGUGAUGAAUCCUGGAGGAGGAGGCGUGGGAGGCAACGGGUACCCGGUGGCAGGCGUGGGCGCCAUGCCGGGCGUGGGCGCGGGCGGGGCGUGCGCGCCCUACGUGUGCGGCGUGAAGAGCGUGGUGUGGUGCGGGGGCGCGGCCGGGGGCGGAGGCCUGCCGCACGCGCCCCCGCCGCCGCACGCGCACGUGCCGCCGCCGCCGCCGCCCGGCGUCAACGCGCACGUGUUCAAGAGCAUGCAGCCCAACGGCUCCGACCUGCCCAUGAACGACAUCCCCACGCUGCGCUUCUACUACAACCUGGGCGUGGAGUGCGUGUGGGCCACGUACGGGCCGCCGCGCCACUACUCGCCGCGCGAGCUGGCGCACGAGCUGGCGCACGUGUCGCUGGCCGAGCGCCCGCACCACGCGCCCGACCACCACAAGCACAAGCCCGCGCCCAACAACGACAAGCCGCCGCUCAACAACCAGCCCAAGGGCAACGGCCAGCGACCUCUGCUCGGGCCCAGAUUCAAGCGCGGAGGCGGCAACCAGGACGGCAAUCAAAAUUCCAACCACAACCAGAACAAGCACAACAACAAUAUGGGCAACAAGGGCCCUAACAACCGUCGUAACUCUCACGGCGAGCCGCGCGGUCCUCACGUUGGCUACAGCGGCGCUGGCGAGGGAGAGUGUGUGAUGGAACAACCGAUGAUCACCCUGCCAUACAUCCCAUACCCACCGCCUAUGUACCCCAUACAAUACUACCCUGUUGAGACUGAUCCCGCUAUGAUGGGCAUGAUGGGUGGAAUGGGCUACGUGGGCUACGAGGAAGGUGUCUACGAGGGAGGCAUGCAGGCGUACUACCCCCCCGCGCCACACUACCCGCCCCCGCACCCACACCCACACCCACACCACGUAGAGCACAAGCCGUCCCAGCGUCUCCAUGCUCCAUAACUCAUCAUCAUUCAAGGAUCACCACACACAUUAGGUAAAUACAUCAUCAGUUUCUUGAUGCUGAGCACACUUAAUACCCAUUUUGUGUACUCAAGCUUUAAUAAAUGAUUCAUUUGAAAAAUCAAAACUGUCGACUAAAGUUAUUUCAUCACUGUCAUUUUAGAAUAAAACAUACACUAAAAUUAUUCAGACAAAAGUACAGUUACACUUUCAGUUUCAAUAACAAUCUCUAUCAAAAUUUACUCGAAUAAUGGACAAGUUUCAAUUUAAACUGUUUACCGAAUUGUGUGUCUUCACUGCUAAAAAUACUAUGUCAAUCUCGUAGUCGGUUAUGCGACUAAUUUGAGUUGAAUCGGUACAUCAACAUGAUUAAAUUUACAAGGCUAUUAACAAACAAAACAAUGGAUGUGGUUGAUAUAUUAUGUGCUGUCCGUCAACGCCAGCGUCGAGGAAGUAAUUCAGUUUACCACAUUCCAAGUGUAGUUGGAACUCAUACUUAACAGGAACUAUGUAAUUAAUUACCCUAUCAUUCACAUUACAAGAUCAUUACAAAUACAUCCGUCACACUAGAUUGUGGUCAAACUAAUUACGUAAUUAAAAUACUAAUCAAAUUGUAUUCUAAAAUAGAAUUCAAUUCCAUUUUAGUUUAAAAUUUGAGUACCUAUUUAUAACAAACGAUAUUAUCACUGAAUACAUAUUAACAUACACAUAUUACAUUUGUGAAGCUAAUUUUUUAUGUGUACUUGUAAUAUACACAAUAAUAAACUGGAUAUGCACUGAAUUGAUCAUUAACUUAGACUUAUGAAAGAACUUUAAAGUGAUCUAAAUAUUUUGAACAAACAUGUAGUUCCUAGCCAUGUAUUUACUGUUUAUGUAUCAGUGUGUGUCCAGAUAAACAUCUGAACUAUCGGCUGCGUGAUUGAAUGAUAUAAUAUAAAGUUGCCAAAUGUUUACCAUCAAUUAAUAUUUCAUUUCACUCAGCCGAUUACAACUUGUUCACUAGUGGCUUGAUAGCAACAUGAGCUACUAAUGUGACUGAAUUCAGUAUACGACGACAAUUGUCAUCAUAAGAUCAGUAUACGAAUUAACGUGGAAAAUAUUCGAUAAAACGUGUCAAUGUUGCAUUAUUACAUUGUGCCACGCUGUGUGGGAUACAUUUGCGACUCGCGUCAAUUAUAUAGACAAAUAUUGGAAAAGUCAAUUAUACAUCAAAGACUCGUUCAAAGUAACAGCCUAGCAUUAUGUUUCAUACUUCUAACAUUAGUUGCAGAUACCUGGCACAGAAUGGCACGUUCAUUUGUUAUUUAUUACGAUGUGGGAAUAAACAUUCGUCAAUAACUGUUGUUGAAAAGUAGUAAAAUUCCAUUAUAUGUACUUGUACUUAACAUAAGGGACGAAGGUCGCACAACGUUAGUUUCUGAACCCGUUCAAAUUCCCGAUUGUUAACUUCCAUUACUGUGAUCAAUUUGACUGAAACCUUCUCCAUUUUUGUAUGCCAAUUAAAUGUAGUAUACUAUAUAAUUACUAUAUAGAAACCGUUUUUGAAAUUGUUAAUCCACAAGUGUUCAUUGGUGCUGCAAAAUUGAUUAGAACAGGGUAAGCGUGAUAUUUUUGUAUGUUACAGCAUUAUACAUACAUACAAAUGUUACGUAGUUGUUAGGCGCUGUAUAUCAUUCCUUGUAAUGUAAGGUGAAACUGUAAAUUUUAAGACAAUUUAUUGUAGUUUUUAUGUCGCAAAUUUAAGUUUCCUGAGUCUUAAGUAUUUUUUUAUCGCUUGUCACGACACAUGUACUCUAGUUACACCUUAGCCGCAGGUUUGACUAUUCAGCCUCGGCUAGUUUGUAUGGGCUCUGUACCAAGUCGCAAUAUUAGUCGAGUCUUGUGUAGUGAUAAGUUUCUUUUCGGCUUAAUUUUAGUUUAGUUAGAGUAAGUCAAGACGGUUUCACACGCCUCUGUUUAGGUUCGCACUAAGAGUAGAUUUACUUUUAAAUAUUCUCCGAUCUCAAGCUCAAUAUAAACGCAGACCUUUUGAAUCUCCAAUCAAACAUUCAGCACUUAAUACUAAAAUGUGAAUUAAAUAACGUGAACACAUCAAGUAUCCUACUUUGAUCUCAUUUAAAAAUAACAUUCGUAAGAAAACUGGUGCUUGGGUUUGUUAGUUGUUUACUUGUAUUUAAGUACUUGUUCAAAUUCUAUUAACAUUUAAUGUAAGCGGGACCAUCAGUAACCUUGUUUACAAGACAACUGCAUUAGUAUUAUUAUAGAUAUUUUCUCUAAAUCGCCUAGUCUCUGCAUUUAGUACGUUAGUCGGUGCACGCUGCAUUUAUGUCUCAGAGGCUGGAGAGAUAGAGCCGAGGGAAAUUGAGAUCUCCUUUUUGGGAACAUUCAGUAAUAUACACGUGUAGUACGCCAUAUUUAAUUUAACAGUUCCUUUCGUUGCUAUAAUCUUGUUUACGCGUGCCGGUUUGAGACCGCUUGUUACGUCUGCAGACAAUGACAAAAUUGACUCGUGUUUUGGAUUGUUUAUUUAAGUAUUUGGCUGUGAUUCUCAAGUAAUCUCAGUAACGAUUGGUUUAUGUUGUUGGCAGACAUUUGUAAUACGAGAACAGAUCGCUUUAUAUCUAUUACUAUAAUUACAUAACAGGCAGAUGAGUUUGUCUGUAUAUACAAAUAUUAUUCCUUAUAUUUGAUUGUUUAUUUAUUGAUCACUAAGGAUGUACCUUAAUUCCGCCCAUGGUUAUUAUACUUCACAUUUACACUUCGAACAUAAUUAUAUAUUAAUAUUUACUGUAUAUUACGCAUAGAUUUAUAUAUUUGCGUAUAGUAGCGAAAUCUUGAAUGUUUUACAGAGUUGUUAAAGAAAAUAUUAAAGAGAAAAUACAAGUGUUCUUGCGACAGGUUACGUGUCAUGUUCAUGUUAAUUAUAAUUUUCGGUUUUCAGUAUUAGUUUAAAUCACUAGGGGUUAGAAUUUUAUGUUAGUCGUUAAUUAAUGUUUACGUAACUAUAGUCUAGUGUUACUUUAUUUAAGUAUACCGUCAGUUACUUGUAAUCUCGUCAGUUAGGGCGUAAAAUAUAUAUGUUUUGUUCUCAGCGUAGUUGUAUAAGUUUGUGUGCCAAGUUAAACUUUGAUGUAUGAUAGAAACGAGCAGUGUCAUCCAUGAGUAGCAUCUUGACGAUCAACAUCACUGCCGUAGAACAAAAUUCUUGUUGUCAUAUCAGUGUUAAAGAUACAUUAGUAAAUACAAUAAUUGUGUUGUGAAUAAUACUAUUAUAGGUACAUGUAUGUCUUACUAUAUGGUUGUACAGUGCUCAAAGUUAGGGUAAUGUCCGCCUUUGAGAUGUUAUUUGUAAUUCUUUUUCAAAAUUCCAUCAAUAAAUGUAAACUGAUUUUU